UCCGCCUGCUUCUCCGGGUCAGUUCCUUCACACCGUGUGAUUGUGUGUCUCUAUGUGUGUGCGCGCUCUUGUACGUGUGUGUACUGCUGUCAUCACAGAUGUAUCCCCAGCUGUCACUCCACCCUGCUCAGUCUCUCCUUCUCUCUCCUCCCCACUUGGUGCUUUCUCGAUUAUUCAGCGGACCGCCGUCUCGGUUACACGCAGCAGCCGUCUCCCCUUUGCUCCUCUGCGGUGCUUCCAUCAGCUCCGGAAACUCGGCACCAUGCAGGGAGAAGGGGGCUGAUGCCCAAACGGCGUCCUGCAAAGAGCUUGCCUGCCUGCCGGCCAACUGCCUGCACUGGAUCACUGGGAUACUCACCAGAGGGUUUGGCAGCAAGUCUGAAAAGACUCCAUCCUAGCCAGAGAACAAUUAACCAGAUUGUUCUGCCUGCAACAGCGUGCGCCAGCCUGGCUGGCAGGCACGAGACACCGUGGGGAAAACAGUGACCAUCAUGUUGUCUCUGAGUGGAGGCUACUGGUGGAGAAAUACACUUUCUGUGAGAUGGAGAGAAGCUAGUCUGCUUGCCUGUUGGCUUUCAUUCUGUGCAGCAGAGUCACUUGCCAUUUGUCCCUCCUCCUGCAAAUGCAACAGCGGUACUCUGGAAGUGGACUGUAGUGGUUUGGGCCUUUCAUCCAUCCCUGUGGACAUUCCUACAAACACCAGGACCUUCCUUUUCCUCAACAACCAACUAAGCACCUUGCCAGGACAAGCUUUUUCCAAUCUAUCUGCUCUCCGGAGACUGGAUCUUUCAAACAACUUCUUAGACCAGCUUCCUGAAAAUGCUUUCAGAGACUUAGUGAACCUCACUGAGCUACAGUUGAGGAACAAUAGCAUCAGGAGUUUGGACAAAGACCUUCUUCAGAACACCGCUCUUCUGCGUCAACUGGACUUAUCAAUCAAUGGCAUUGCUCAAAUCCCUUCUGGCAUCUUCGAUGAUCUGUCCUCUCUCCGCUGGCUCUCCCUCAGGUCAAACCGCCUGCAAAAUUUGGACAGGGUGACCUUUGAGCCAUUAGUUAGCUUGCAGCAGUUGCAAGUGGGAGACAACCCCUGGGAAUGUGACUGCAACCUGAGAGAUUUCAAAUAUUGGAUGGAAUGGUUCUCUUAUCGAGGAGGAAAGAUAGACCAGCUGGCCUGUACCCUGCCUAAGGAGCUGCGGGGGAAGGAUAUGCGCAUGGUGCCCAUGGAGAUGUUUAACUACUGUUCCCAGCUGGAGGAUGAGAACAGCUCUACGGUUCUGGACAAUGUUGGCCCUCCUUGCAGCAAAGGAAGCACGACGGCUGCCAAGGCUAAAACAAGCCUGGAAGCAGAUGAGGAGCCCACAGUGGGUUGCCCCCAGAAACAAAGAUACAGGCCCGUCAGUGUGCGCAGGGCAAUUGGCACAGUCAUCAUAGCUGGGGUGGUUUGCGGCAUUGUGUGCAUCAUGAUGGUAGUGGCAGCAGCAUACGGCUGCAUCUAUGCAUCUCUCAUGGCUAAGUACCACCGGGAACUGAAAAAGAGGCAGCCAUUAAUGGGAGACACGGAAGGUGAGCACGAGGAACAAAAGCAGAUCUCUUCAGUGGCGUGAAUCUUUCUCGGAAAACCAGGGAGAGAAGGAAACAGGACGCAGGAGAGUCUUGAGCCCUCACAUAUUCUUUUCAGACAUACCAAUGUACUGUGCAGCUGUUUUCAUUCACCAAAUUAGUCAAACACACGUCUGAGUUCAGGCCAGCCGCCUCCGACUUCAGUUCCCCUCCUUCCCUCUGCCCUCAUGUACUUCCAAGCAAAUAAACUGUAGUCAGACCUCAA